AUGGCGGCGCUGUCUGUUCUUCCUACGUUCGAUCAAUCCCCUCCUUCAGAAGCCGAGAAACGACGCAUUCGUGAUCUUUCGAGGUAUUACUGUGCCUUUCGCAACCCGCCCGCUUCUUCGGAUGACCUCCUCACCCCAGUCGAGAGUGACAAUCAACUAGGCCCCUCGCUUUCGAAAGAUAUCGUGCUGACCGCAUUGGUCCAGCUGGGCGUAUAUCGCUUUGGUUGCAAUCGGGCAUUCGUCUCUCUGAUCGAUGGCCAGAACCAGCAUAUCAUAUCCGAAGCAACGGCUUCCAUCUCGCUACGGAACAGUCGCAGCCAUCUUCCCGACGAUGGUUUAUACCUCGGUGUGACGAGUCUCGACCUCGUCUUCGGCGUUUGUCCCCAUGCGAUGAAACUGUUCUCCGGCGAGGACGUGCCGCAACUUCGGAAUACAGCCAACGUGACGGCCAAUCCGACUCGUUUCAUUGUUCGUGACUUCACGCGGGAAGACAAUUUCAAGGAUAGACCGUAUGUUAGCGGAUGGCCUCACUUCCGCUUUUACGCCGAGCUGCCUAUAUAUAGUCCUGCAGGAUACGUAUUGGGAAGCUUUUGCGUGGUUGAUGACAAGCCACGGCAGGACUUUAUGGAGGCGGACGUUCUGGCAUUGCAGGAGAUAUCCGACUCAAUUUCACAGCAUCUUGAAAACGUGAGGACCGUUCACUCCCACGCACGAUCAGAUCGACUAGUUCAAGGCUUGACCAAUUUUGUCAAAGGACGACCAGACGAUGCAUCCACAUCUUCAGUAGCGAGUCUACAAGGACUGGAAAACCUCUCUCAUCUGCAACAACGAUCAUCGGUGGGGAUAGCAGAACCUUCUUCGCCGAAUAUUGAAGCAUUGUCUCUGGCAAGCACAGUAAAUGACGAAACCUCACAAUUUCUAUCCACACAAGACUUGCCCACAGUUACUAGAAGCACAUCUCUAUCUUCGCCGCCUCGGGAUAGUGCCACAUCCUUCCCAACUAUUGACAAUACCACCAAGGACGAGCCAUACGUGACGUCAGGAGUUGAGCGCCAAUCCGUGGAAACAACUGGUCCUGAUACCCCCCUUGUAACCGUAAAAGAAGGUAUCCCCAUAUCAAAACGUGCGGAUGCUUUGUUCUCUCAUGCAAGCUCCUUGCUGAGGGAAUCCAUGGAUUUGGAUGGUGUUCUGUUUCUAGAUGCUUGUCAUUGUAAUUAUGGAGUUGGACCUUCCGCGGACUUGACGGACUGGGAGCCGUUCCCAACACCUGUUGAUGCAGAUUUCACUGCACAUCCUAUUGAUACCACAUCUGACAACGACAAGGACGCGUUCUGCAAAAUUCUUGGUUCAGCCACAGAAAUCACCAACGACACUCCUCUAAAUACUACAGUCAAAGGCUCAAUAACCGAGUCCUUCCUUCAACAUCUGAUUAGUAGAUACCCCGAAGGGGAGAUAUUCGAUCUAGACGGAGUAGUACCAUGUGACUUAGAGGAGUCAAAAAUAGCGGAGGUCGAAGAUAGAAUGCGUAUACGCCCAUUCAGGAACGGUCCCCGGUCACCAAGAAGUGACCAAAAUGCCCUUCAGAUAACAGCAGCACGCUUGGCAAAUCACUUUCCUGACGCAAAGACCGUGGUUUUCCUACCUUUGUGGGACUGGAAUAAGUGCCACUGGCUGGCAGGUACCCUUAUUUGGAGUCUAGACAGCGAACGGCCUCUUGAACUUGAUGAAUUCCACUAUUUCAAGGUCUUUGGCGAUGCUAUCAUUUCAGAGAUCACAAAAGCAGAGUCGUUCGAACUCGAGAACUCAAAAUCGGAUUUUAUUUCCUCUGUCAGUCACGAGCUUCGGUCGCCAUUACAUGGAAUGCUAGCUAGCGCAGAAUUGUUGCUUGGGACUCCUUUAGAACCUGAGCAGCGCGAUUUGGUCAAGAUGCUUGAAACAUGUGGUCUCACUCUUCUGGACACGAUGAACCAUCUUUUGGAUUUUACUAAAAUAAACAACCUGAUGAGCAUUGAAGAAAACGCGAACCCCUUCCAUGGUCCUGCCACCACCUUGGCGAGUGUGUUUGACCUCGAUAUUCUAUUAGAGGAUGUUGUCAAUGCGCUUUAUACCGGAAAUCUGCACGUUUCACGAUACCUUGGUACUGCCACUGAUUAUGAGAAGCAGAAAACCAAACAGGACAUGGGAAGCAUGUCUGUCGUGCUACGUGUGGCGGAUCAGGGCAACUGGAAACUCCGAUCUAUUUCAGGCUCGUGGAGACGCAUCAUCAUGAGUAUCUUCGGCAACGCACUCAAAUACACCCAAUCCGGUUUUAUCGAGGUUUCAUUAUGCAAAUUCAGAAAAGAGCCAGAAAUAUCUGCCCCGGAAUUUGCCCACCUCUCUGUAACCGAUACUGGAUGUGGGAUGUCGGCCGACUUCCUGAAAAACAAACUAUUUUCAGCUUUUACGCAGGAAGAUACGCUUUCUGAAGGUGUCGGGCUAGGUAUGAGCAUUGUACAGCAACUUGUUGGUAUCAUGAAAGGAACAAUUGAUGUGAAGAGCGAACCUGGAAUCGGUACCCAGGUGGACAUAUUCAUCCCCAUUACAUUGAUUCCACACUCACCUGCGAUUCCAAUCUCUGUGGCCUCUUCCAAAACACAGUUUUGCCUCAUAGGGUUUGAUGGGUAUUCUGACUUGACAGAAGUUCCGACGGGCAGUUUGAGUCGGGAGGGAAAGCGCAGACUCUGUAUACAAAGUUUCCUCGCCCAUGUUAUAACACUGGAUCCAAACUGGAGUGUCUCUUUUGCUGCAACACCUUCAAAUGCUUGCGGCGAUGUUGUCAUUAUAGAAGAAACAACCCUGGAACAGAUGGCGGCUAACGAGUCGAUACAAUCGUCAAAGGUGGUUAACUCCAGCCGAUUGCUGAUUUUGCGCAGCGGACCACCUUCAUCAGGCGUGAUUAAACCUGCCAAUAUCAGUGCAGACGUUGUUCAUACAAUAUAUCCACCUUUUUGCCCACGCAAAGUGUUAGAAGCUCUGAGACGGACUCUAGAAAUGACUAGCGCGCAGACACUGACUAAGCCACUUAACUCAUCGACAAGCCCGAUCAUAGCCCUGGAUUCUUCAGGCAUCUCAUCGACUGAUGCCAGGAAACUAAUCCCAUCUUUCGGCAUGAUUACACCUAUGACAGAACGUCAAAGCUUUUUGAAUGUUCUAAUCGUUGAUGACAAUGAUAUCAAUCUCAAGGUUCUCUCAACGUUCGUUCGGAAACUAGGCCACACUUUUGAAACCGCGUCGAAUGGUUUGAUAGCCUUGAACAAGUACAAGGAAAAUUCCUCGUCGUUCAAUCUCGUGCUGAUGGAUAUUUCCAUGCCAGUGAUGGAUGGCUUGGUUGCUACUAGUCAGAUACGAAUAUUUGAGAAGCGACAAUCCCUCUCACCAGUCACAGUGCUCGCGGUAACUGGAGUUGCGUCGGCUACGAUGCAACAACAAGCUUUGGCAGCGGGUAUUGACAACUAUCUAAUCAAGCCACUUUCGCUGCAACAACUUAAAAGGGCAAUAGCGAAGAGCACAUAGUCUCUCGUUUACUAUGUGGAAUUCAUGGUUUACGAUUUUUUGGUAUCGUGGGAAGUGUAUAUAUGCAUACGAGUCAUAUACAACGGACGGUGGCGGAGUUACGUGGCUGAGAAUUUAGUCGGCGUUCAUGUACAUAGCACCAUAUACCUAUAUAAUACGGAGGGUAGCGGUGUCGGUCUGUUUUUAAAUAUAUAGAGCAUUUGCUCUGAGCAUAUCCAG